AUGUUGGAAGGAUGCCUACCUGGUCAACACGAACGGAGACUCCUCAACGACCUCCUUCGGGACUACAACAAGCUGGAGCGACCUACAGCGAACGAGUCGUCGGCCAUCGUCAUUAAGUUGGGCCUCUCGCUACAGCAGAUCAUUAACGUGGACGAGAAGAACCAGAUCCUUACAACGAACGUGUGGCUAAACUUUGAGUGGCAGGACCACAACUUGAUGUGGAACGAGUCGGACUAUGGCGGCGUGGCGGACCUAAGGAUACCCCCAAAAUACCUAUGGACACCUGACGUCCUCAUGUACAACAGCGCGGACGAGGGGUUCUCCAGCACGUAUCCCACUAAUGUGUUGGUGGACAGCAAGGGCAUCUGCACCCAUAUCCCCCCUGGCAUCUUCCUCUCCACCUGCCGCAUCGACAUCACCUGGUACCCCUUCGACGACCAGAAGUGCAACAUGAAGUUCGGCUCCUGGACUUACGACUCCGCUAAGAUUGAUCUUCAGCUUAAAAGUGAUGAUGGCGGUGACCUCAGCGGAUACAUCACGAACGGGGAAUGGAAUCUUAUAGCCGUGCCAGGGAAGCGAAAUACCCUCUCCUACACCUGCUGUCCCGAGAUCUACGUCGACAUCACCUUCCAGAUCCAUAUACGACGACGGACUCUCUAUUACUUCAGCAACCUCAUCAUGCCCUGCGUCCUCAUCUCGUCCAUGGCGUUGUUGGGGUUCACUCUGCCCCCAGACUCAGGGGAGAAGCUCACAUUAGAAAUCACAAUCCUGCUUUCUCUGACGGUUUUCAUGACUGUUGUAGCGGAUAAAUUGCCUCAAGUAUCUGAUGCGAUACCAUUGUUAGCAACCUACUUCAACUGCAUCAUGUUCAUGGUAGCGUCGUCAGUGGUGCUGACCGUAGUGGUGCUCAACUACCACCACCGCACGCCUACCACCCAUGCCAUGCCGAACUGGAUUCGGUGUGUGUUGCUCCAGUGGCUACCUUGGAUACUCCGCAUGAACCGCCCAGGCAAGAAGAUCACCCGUAAGACCAUCAUGAUGACCAACAAGAUGCGAGAGCUGGAACUGAAGGAGCGCUCGUCUAAGUCCCUCCUGGCCAAUGUCCUGGAUAUAGACGACGACAUCCGACAGAUCCAGGCAAUGGGGACAGGCACACCCUCUCACAAUGGGGGUUAUCCUCGCCUCGUAGGCAGGUCCUACGAGGAGGGAGGACCUAUUAUUACCCCACACUCCUCCUUCUGCUUCAACAACACGCGGGAACUCCAGAGUAUCCUGCGAGAGUUAAGGUACAUCACUGGGCAGAUGAGGAACGAGGACGAGGUGAACGAGAUCGUUGUAGACUGGAAAUUCGCAGCCAUGGUGGUGGACCGCUUCUGCCUCAUCACCUUCACAACCUACACCAUCAUCUCCACCAUCGUCGUCAUCCUCUCGGCGCCACAUAUCAUCAUCUCGUAGGGAUAAGACGUACUAAGAAAAAAGUAAUGUUGAGAUAUAAAUCGUUUUAGGAAAUAUGAUUUUUCUAAUUAGGGAAUAAAAUAAUUUUGAUACGAAGCCAAAGACAUUAGUCAAAUCAGAAUACAUAUUGCCUUGAAUGAACACUUAAUAAUAGUUUUUCACAUACACAGUAGCUUACAGGCAGUGAAAUAUCAUAUGAAAUUUUAAACAGUAUUAACAUCUUUGAGUUAAUUUCCAUUGAAAACUAUCAAAUGGAAACAAGAAAUCGAUGAAUAUAUUUUUUGCAUGUUCUGAGGAGCCAAUGACAUAUUUGUUGCUACAUUUGUUUGGCUGUUACUCCUACAGUAUAUUUGAGACACGAAAUAUAUCCCACCAUAUCAAGAGCUUGGAUAGGAAUAUAUCAGGUGAGAAUAUCGUUAAAGUAUAAUAAUAUAGACCAGCGAGAGUAUAUUAGAUUCCUGGAGUCACAUUAUCAUUUUAUGUUAGGUUAACUGAGGGGGAUUUAGAUAACUGAGUUUGUCUUUACUGUGAGCAAUAGUCCACGAAAGUGACUAAUUUAGAUAUACAGAGUAAUUGAGAAACCUGCCUGAAGGUGUAAAGAACGAGCACCACUUGAGAUGAUGUGUCACCACCUAACUGAAUAUACCUGCUGUCAUCCAUAGAUUAAUUAACCCCCAAAGAACAUAAUUAAUUAUAAACGAUAAUACUUAAAAAAAUGAUAAUAUAAUGAGGAGACGAGAGAGCAUAUCAUUAUUAUAAGUUUCUUUUGAAGUGUUUGUCUAGUCGGGAGAAUUUUUCUUUCAUACGGAAUUUUGUAUUUUGAUUAAUUCGACGUAUAGGAAAGAAUUACCAAUAAAGAAAAUAAAAACAGUGCUCGGUUAGAUGACUGGAGGAUAGGUUAAUUAAUUUCGAGAUAAGUCGCUUAUAAAUAUACACAAAAACAAAUAAAAAAUUAUAUGUAACUGCAUACCUGUGAUCCAAACAUUGCUCUAAAUAUACCCUUAUGUGUGUUAUGGUGGACCGGUUAGUGGCGUGUGUUAUGGUGGACCGGUUAGUGGCGUGUGUUAUGGUGGACUGGUUAGUGGCGUGUGUUAUGGUGGACUGGUUAGUGGCGUGUGUUAUGGUGGAUCGGUGAGUGGUGUGUGUUAUGGUGGACUGGUUAGUGGCGUGUGUUAUGGUGGACCGGUUAAUGGCGUGUGUUAUGGUGGACUGGUUAGUGGCGUGUGUUAUGGUGGAUCGGUGAGUGGUGUGAUUUAUGGUGGACCGGUUAAUGGCGUGUGUUAUGGUGGAUUGGUUAGUGGCGUGUGUUAUGGUGGACUGGUUAGUGGCGUGUGUUAUGUGAUUGGUUCGUGGUGUGUGUGUUAUGGUGGACCGGUUAGUGGCGUGUGUUAUGGUGGAUUGGUUAGUGGUGUGUUAGGUGGACCGGUUAGUGGCGUGUAUUAUGAUUGACUGGUUAGUGGCGUGAAGGACCAGUUAGUGAUGUAUAGUGUUGAUGAUUAGUUUAUGGUGUGCAGUGAUGACCAAAUGAUAAUGGGCAGUUAGUAGUGUAGAAUGAUGAGGGACAGUUAGUGGUGUAGAAUGAUGAUGGGCAGUUAGUGAUGAAGAAUGAUGAGGGACAGUUAGUGGUGUAGAAUGAUGAUGGGCAGUUAGUGAUGAAGAAUGAUGAGGGACAGUUGGUGACGAAGAAUGAUGGGGGGCAUUAGUG